UUUGCGCAUUUUUAGUUGACCAUUCGAUUCAGCUUCGUCUCCAAAACAGAAGUUCCCUUUUAACUCCACGGAAUCACUUGACAAAUGGGAAAGAAGUUUGUGAAAUACUUUGUGGUGGACGCAUUCACUGACUCGGCUUUCAAGGGUAACCCAGCUGCUGUAUGUUUAUUAGAAUAUGAAAAAGAUGAAAAAUGGCUACAAGCUGUGGCGGCUGAGUUCAAUGUCUCCGCGACAUGUUACUUGACACCACUCACUACUGAUGUUGCCGUCACUUCCAAUCCUAGGUUCCGUCUUAGAUGGUUCACUCCUGCUGCAGAGGUUACGCUUUGUGGCCAUGCAACAUUAGCUGCUUCACACACACUAUUUUCAAAUGGCUUGGUCAAUUCUGACAUUAUUGAAUUUGACACGCUAUCUGGGAUCCUAACUGCUAAGAAAGUUCCUGAAAGUAUCAACCCUGAGAAUGUCUCAAAUGGUGAAGCGAAAGAGAGCUUUCUCAUUGAAUUAGAUUUCCCAAUUGUCCCAACGACGGAGUUCUCCAUAGACGCUGUGUCGAUUUCUAAGGCACUGAAUUCUGCUCCAAUAAUUGAUCUCAAGAAGACUACCUUCGGUGACCUCCUCGUUGUCUUGCCGUCUGGUAAAGAUGUUGCAGAAAUAAAUCCAGAAUUUGACGAGAUACUUAAAUGUCCUGGUAGGGGGGUAAUUGUUUCUGGAGUUGCUCCACCAGAGUCUGGAUUUGAUUUUUAUAGCCGUUUCUUCUGCCCAAAACUUCGGAUUAGUGAGGAUCCUGUUUGUGGGAGUGCACAUUGUGCGUUAGCACCUUAUUGGAGCAAGAAACUUGGAAAGUGUGAUUUUAUGGCAUAUCAGGCAUCUCCUAGGAGUGGGAUAUUGGACAUCCACUUAGAUGAGCAGAACCAGAGAGUGUUGCUGCGGGGGAAAGCUGUUACUGUGAUGGAAGGCUCUCUACUGGUUUAGAUUUGACGUUGGAUUCCGUUGUGCAUGUAUGAGAAAAUAAAUGACAAUUAUUGAAAUUGAACAUUUCCUUUGUAUUUCAAUUAAAACUUUUGAUUUGAAAACUUGUAUGGUGCCUUUUUACUACACUUAUUUUCUCCUGAA